AUGACGCCUCCCAUGCCGGCCAAGGCCCGUAGAUGGAACGCGAAGACAGUACAGGCGGUCGACAGCAAAGGCGCAGGCAAGAGCGCUGGCAUGAAGCGAGCCAUUGGCAAUAGCAGCUCCGAGCGCCCAAACAAACGGCGGAAGGCAGCAGCAUCCACCAAGAAAGAUGUCUCCGUACCGGAAGCCAACAAGGCGGACGAUCCAUGGGUUGUAAAUCCGGAUCAGGUGUUCAGAUUCAUGGACCUACCAGGAGAGUUGCGCAACCGGAUUUAUGGAAUGGCGAUCGAAUGGAGCUUCCGCUGCUUCCCUAAUACCCAUGAAAAGCCAAAGAAAUCCAGACGCGGAAAAGCGAUUGAGGAAAAAGCACCUGCCAUCACCCAAGCGAAACCCCUUCCUUACAUCGGCUUGACGCAAGUCUGUUCUCUCAUCCGUACUGAGUUUCGUCCUUUGUGGCUAUCCACCCAUCAGUUCCCGCUCUUUGCACUGGAUGGUUACUUCAAAGCGUUCUUUCCGGUGUUACGCGGAGGGUCACGAUUAAGCGAAGACGUUCGGAAACGGAUCAAGGGUUAUUCCAAAACGACUGGCACCCUGCGUCUCUGGAUCAGAAUGGACUGCUUGAAACGCGUUGAUGUCCUCCCACUUCUCAAGUUCAGGCACCGGUUCCCCGAGUACAUCAUAACGCCCAAAGCUGCCCAACCCAAUGUUGAAAAGCUCACCAUGGACUCGUUCACAGCUCUCAUGAAUACCGACAAUGCGACCUGGGUCAGUUACAUCAAACAACACCGCGUUACGCAGGUUAAGUUGCAAAUCAGCCGUUACGAGGUCCGAUCCUCCAACUUGCCCAUGCGCAUUGUUCUCAAGGAGAAGUACGCGCUCGACUGGAUGGGAUCGGGCUUCGUUCGCCUGCCCCAUGUUGUGGAAGAGUACAAGGAAUUCUUGGGGCUCGACCCAAGUUGGGGUGUUACUUUUGCCGUGGAUUACUCAUGA